AAUUUCUCCACGCUAUGGCGACGCGUGUAUCGUACGAAUAAACAGCAACGGCUAUGGAUGGAUUAAGGAUUCAUUUCAAUAGAGGGAAUCGAAAAGUGAAAAAGAGAGAAGCAACAAAGCAGUUCAAUUCAACGCUUCUUGUAGACGGCGUUUUCUAUUCGUUUUGUUUCGUUUAUGGCCGUAACGAUGGAGACCCAAUAGAAAAUCAAAGUGAAGACUGAAGGCUGAAGCGAUCUCUCUCUCUCUCUCAUCGUCUUUCUUUCCUUCUUCUUUUUGUUGCUUCCUGUGAGCUUCUUUGAUAAACUGUAACUUUCUUUCUCUCUCUUUAUUAGAAGUUUGAUUCUCUUAAAACCCUAUUUCUUGCUUCGGAUCUUGGAAUUGGAAUCGGUUUUGGGGUUGUUGGGCCGUGAUGACUUCGUGGGGAGAUGUGAUUACUACGGUGCUUUUGAGUUUGAUGCUGAGUCUGAGCCUGGUUUCAGCUGGGGAUAUAGUUCAUCAGGACAGUGUCGCACCUACGCGUCCUGGUUGUGAGAAUAAUUUCGUUCUGGUGAAAGUUCCUACUUGGGUCAAUGGUGUAGAAGCCACUGAAUAUGUUGGUGUUGGUGCACGAUUUGGCCCAACCUUGGAAUCAAAGGAGAAACAUGCUACCCAUACUAGAGUUGCUCUGGCGGAUCCUCCUGAUUGUUGCAGUAUGCCCAAGAAUAAGCUGGCUGGAGAGGUCAUUUUGGUACGUCGUGGAAAUUGCAGUUUCACAGAUAAGGCAAAUAUUGCAGAAGGUGCUAAUGCUUCAGCCAUCCUUAUCAUUAAUAACAGUAAAGAACUUUUCAAGAUGGUCUGUGAGGAGAAUGAAACUGAUGUAACCAUAGGCAUACCUGCUGUCAUGCUCCCUCAAGAUGCUGGUGAUAGCUUAGAGAAAGAUUUGAAGAACAAUAUCUCAGUAUCUGUGCAACUUUAUUCCCCGCUUCGGCCAGUAGUAGAUGUUGCAGAAGUAUUUUUAUGGCUUAUGGCUGUUGGUACUGUCUUAUUGGCCUCUUAUUGGUCUGCAUGGACUGCAAGAGAAGUGGCUAUCGAGCAAGAUAAGCUGUUGAAGGAUGGUUCAGAUGAGUUGCUGCAGAUGGAAGCAACUGGUUCCAGUGGAUACAUAGAUAUUAACACUACAGCUGCAGUUCUCUUUGUCGUGAUUGCUUCAUGUUUCUUGGUUAUGCUCUACAAACUAAUGUCAUCCUGGUUUCUUGACGUCCUGGUGGUUCUGUUUUGCAUUGGUGGUGCAGAGGGACUACAAACUUGCUUGGUGGCUUUGUUAUCAUGUUUCAGAUGGUUUGAACAUGCUGCUGAGUCAUAUAUCAAAGUACCCUUCUUUGGAGCCCUGUCCCAUCUGACGUUGGCAGUUUCUCCUUUCUGCAUAGCGUUUGCUGUUCUUUGGGCUUGUUACCGCAAAAGACCUUUUGCUUGGAUAGGCCAAGAUAUCCUUGGUAUUGCGCUCAUAGUAACAGUCCUUCAGAUUGUUCGAGUUCCUAAUCUCAAGGUUGGGACGGUUCUCCUCAGCUGUGCGUUUUUGUAUGACAUUUUUUGGGUAUUUGUAUCGAAAUGGUGGUUCCAUGAGAGUGUUAUGAUAGUGGUUGCUCGAGGCGAUAAGAGUGGAGAAGAUGGUAUACCCAUGCUGCUAAAGAUUCCACGGAUGUUUGAUCCUUGGGGAGGGUACAGCAUUAUUGGUUUUGGUGAUAUUAUCUUGCCAGGACUUUUAGUCGCAUUUUCACUAAGGUAUGAUUGGCUUGCAAAGAAGAAACUCCGAGCAGGUUACUUCGUUUGGGCAAUGACUGCUUAUGGCACAGGCCUACUCAUCACUUAUGUAGCUUUGAAUCUAAUGGAUGGACAUGGCCAACCAGCUUUGUUAUACAUUGUUCCAUUCACCCUCGGCACAUUUUUGACACUGGGAAAGCAAAGAAGGGAUCUUAAGAUUCUUUGGACAAGAGGAGAACCAGAAAGGCCUUGUCCACACAUCCAACUCCAACCUUCCUCUCAACAUUAAAUGAACAGUAAGUAACUUUGCAUCAUAACCAACACCUGUUGUAAUACCACUGUUAUUAGGAGCACAAAGAACUUAGAGAACUCUUCUUACUUUUUACCUUUCUUAGGCUGUAGAUGACUUCCUUGUGUAAUUGAUAAAGCUUCCCCCCUCCUUACAAACUACCAAUACUUAACACAGAAAGAACACUCUUGUUUUCGAACUGCUGUCUUUGCAGUUCUGUUACUUGUGUUAAUGUGAUGUUUACUACUGAGAAUCUAAGAUUUUUGGAAAAA